AUGUUUGCAAAGCAUUUCUUGACAAAAUGGUCAAGUCCCGCUCUCGAAGUCAUCAUGAUACUUUUGAAUGCACAACGAAACAGUGUGUACGUGUCAGACAGGGUUUUACACCAUGCUCUCUCGUUUACACAGACUGCCGUGGCCCACUCAUAUUGUUGGAGAAUUGUCAAACCUCAUGCACUGGAUCUGAUCAGAAAUGUACUGUUCCCGCUAAUGUGUUAUACUGACGAAGACGAAGAAAUGUGGGAGGAAAAUGUUGAGGAAUUCAUCAGGUUCAAAUUUGGUGAGCAGGCGAUUAGUUGGUUCUAUCAUAAUGCGUAUGUUAUCUAA